GAUUGUGUCAGUCAGACGAUCGAUGGUGCCACUGCUGAGCAGAAAAACGGACGAAAAGAUUUGUAAAUUGGCAUCACCAAGCGAAGUAACUCUUCAAUUAAACUCUUACGUCAGGAGGAAUAACCCUGUGCGAGGCCCUGCACUCUGAGUGUGACUUGGAGCAGCAGCCAUGUCGGGCUCCUACGAUGACUCCAUGAUGGAUGUCUCCAGUGACAGCUUCUGGGAGGUUGGUAACUACAAGCGCUCAGUGAAACGGGUAGACGAUGGCAGCCGGCUCUGUAAUGAUCUGAUGACCUGUAUUCAUGAGCGAGCACGUAUUGAGAAGUCCUACGCACAGCAGCUCUCAGAAUGGGGAAAGCGCUGGCGCCAACUCAUAGACAAAGGCCCUCAGUAUGGCACGCUGGAGCGGGCGUGGUCUGCUCUGUGCACGGAGGCGGAGAAGGUGAGCGAGCUCCACAUGGACGUGAAGUCAGCGCUGAUGGGAGAAGACUACGAGAAGCUGAAGAACUGGCAGAGAGACUCGUACCACAAACAGAUGAUCGGCGGCUUCAAAGAGACUAAAGAGGCUGACGACGGCUUCCGCAAGGCUCAGAAGCCCUGGGGGAAGAAACUCAAAGAGAUGGAAACGAUGAAGAAGUCAUACCACUCUGCCUGUAAAGAAGAGAAGCUGGCAGCCAGCAGGGAGACAAACAGCAAACUGGAGAGCAACAACAACCCCGAAUCCCAAAAGAAGCUCCAGGAAAAGGUGGAGAAGUGUCAGCAGGAGGUGGAGAAGACUAAAGAACGUUAUGAGAAAUCCCUGGAAGAACUGGACAAGCUGACCCCUCAGUACAUGGAGAACAUGGAGCAGGUGUUUGAGCAGUGGCAGCAGUUUGAAGACAAACGGAUUCGCUUCUUCGGGGAGCAGCUGCUGGAGGUUAAACAGCACCUCGAUCUCUCAACCAAUCACAGAUUCCAGACAAUCUACCACACGCUGGAAGACACGGUUACUGCUACUGACGUUGAAGAGGACCUGAAAUGGUUCCGGUCCAAUCACGGCCCCGGCAUGCCAAUGAACUGGCCCCAGUUUGAGAAUCUUGAUUGGUCCCAUCCUCGCUCGUUUAAGAGAAGGUCCAUUGUAGACUGGUCCAUAGAUCUAAACCGGACCCUCAGUAGACGGGAAAAGAAGAAGCCAUCAGAGGGCGUCACACUGACCGGCAUCAGUCAAACUGGAUCUGACCAGCCGGUUCAGCCUGCUAAAACCAGCAGCAGCCUGACUGUACCCAGUAGCACAGCACCAGUGGGUUCAAACCCCUUUGAUGAAGAUGACGGAGAGGAGGAGAAGGAGGAGGAGGAGGAUGAGGAGGAGGAGGAGGAGGAGGAGGAGGAGAUGGCCGUGGAGCAGCAGCAGACCAUAGUCAACCACAACAGUGUGAAAAAAGAGGAAAUAAAAACCGCGAGCAGUAUGGAGAAGACUCAGGACUGGUCAGAUGAAGACACAGGUGGUAACCCUUUCUCUGCCAACGGUGACGGCAAUCCGUUCGAAGACGAGCCGGUUUCUCCUGUCGUCUCUGUCCCCGUCAAAGCUCUCUACGACUAUGAAGGACAGGAGCAGGACGAGCUGACCUUCAAAGCAGGGGACGAGUUCACCAAAAUCGGCGAAGAAGAUGAUCAGGGUUGGUGCAGAGGUCGGCUCAAGGAAGGAAAAACAGGCCUUUAUCCUGCUAACUAUGUGGAAGACAUCCAGUAAUGAUUUAUGACAAAUCAAUAAAUGUGAAUACAAAGUAAGUGGUGUGUUGCGAGAUGAGUGCGGCUGGAAACGAGGAGGUUCUGCAUUAUUUGGACCCUUUUCUAAGUGUUGGCGAAGACUGGACCGGUGUUGGAGAAGGAAGGUGGAGAAGUUGCAGAUUAUGAAAGGACCAUUUGAAAAGUUAUUGCUCGCCACAGAUUGACAGUUAAAAGAUGGAAAUGUACCACAAGUUUCCAGAUGAUUCCAAGCUAAGAAGGCCGCAGAGAAAAAAUGCUGUUUAAAUUAUGUUACAUUACUUAGAAUCCCAUUUAUGCUGUUACAAAAAUAAUAGCCUUUUCAAGUAUAUAUUAGAAGAGAUUAAAUGUAUGUGUGGAUUUAUAUAUUGUUUAACCGAAACACUGGGAGGACACAUCGUCUUGCAAUGUUACAUGCAGCCUUAAUAUGGAAGCCAUUGAGAAAGAUUACCCUUUUUAUAACCAUGAAGAUCUAUUUAGGUUUAAAAUCAUGUUUGCCUUUUAGAACCCAGUCCAUUAAUGUUAAGUUUUUUCUCUUUUUGGACAAAGAAAGCCCUUAUGUUGAGAUUAUUAUGUGAGAUUUAACCUGAUUUUAAAUGAGUGCUUACCUGUCCUGCCAUUCCUUUCAGGGUUGUCUUUCCACUCAGUUCAUCAACUGUUCUGGUUAUUUUUAUAAGGAAUGAUACAAAUCAGUGGAGCGUUAUCCUGAUAUUCUUUAUUUAGUUCACAAUGGAUCGGUUCCUCUCGUCACUGCAAUUGAAUGUAUAUUCACUGAUUGUAUUUCCUCACUUAUUUUCGCUGAUUACUUGUUUUUCCCAGCACUGACCCCCCCUGAACAAACUGUCCUCAAACCUUUCACACAAGUCUCUCUACUUUCUGUUGAUUGGAGAUUGUAAUACUAUAUGGGUUAUUUUACGCAACACUGAAGGUCAUGUCAAGACAUGGGAGAAUAUUUGAGUGUUUUUUUGAAAAUACAUCACAAUUGAUAUAGCAAUACAACCACAACCAAGUGUGGCAUUGCAUACAUGCAUGUAAAUAGCCUGGAUGAAAGAUAUUAGAACAAAUUAAGCAGCAAUAUCACAUGAUUUGUAGUUAGAAAUAGAUGAUUGUUAAUUUAUGAUGCCACAAGUGCUUUUGUUAUACUCUUGUUAGAAUGCUGUGACUGAGAAUCAGUUUGUAUAGUAAUUGAAUGUUUGAUGGCAAACAUCCCUUGGAUCUGUUAUUUUGAUAUAUUUGUACAUAUUAUUAUCCCAUAACAGAUGGCCAUACUCAUUGAAUUAAUCAACGAAUAUGUGAAUACUUGUUCAUCUUUCCUUUGGAUCUAUGAUAUGAAUGGACCUGAUUUCUGUAGGCUUGCAUUUCUGCAAAAAUGAACUGCAGGUUUUUCUUUUGAGCAAGCUUCAAAUAAAUGAAAUGCCCAGUGCAUCCAUGAAAUCAUUAAACAAAAAGCUAUUUGAUGUCUCUACCUGCUACAUGAGAGGAAAAUUAAUUUGGUUGUCUUUAAUAAUAGUGAGAGAGGAGACUAUGUUUUCAGGGCAUGCUGUCGUCAAAACGCAACAGCUGUUCUUGCACAGUAAGGUUUGUAAAUGUUGUCCCACAACAUAAUAAAUGGAUUUAUUGGAUAAGCA